UUGACCUUCGAUUUUAUAAUGAUGGACCCAGAAGCAACCUCAGUUUAUUUGGAUUACUCCUAUGCUACAAGCCAAAUACCUGAUAAUGAGGAGAACCCCUUCCACGUUCCCUAUACUUCUAUCCUUCUUCCCAUCUUUUACACAGUUGUGUUCCUGACUGGAGUGCUGGGGAACCUCGUCCUCAUGGGUGCGUUGCAUUUCAAACAGGGCAGCCGAAGACUGAUUGACAUCUUUAUCAUCAACCUGGCUGUCUCUGACUUCAUUUUCCUUGUCACUCUGCCUCUCUGGGUGGAUAAAGAAGCAUCUUUAGGACUGUGGAGGACGGGCUCUUUUCUGUGCAAGGGCAGCUCCUACAUGAUCUCAGUCAAUAUGCACUGCAGUGUCUUCUUGCUCACCUGCAUGAGCGCUGACCGCUACCUGGCCAUCAUGUGCCCAGCCAUAUCCAGAAAACUCAGAAGGAGAGACUGCGCAUACGGAGUCUGCGCCAGCAUCUGGUUUAUCUCCUGCCUCCUGGGGUUGCCUACUCUUCUGUCCAGGGAACUCACGCUGAGUACUGAUAAUAAGCCAUACUGUGCAGAGGAGAGAGCCUCUUCAGUAAAACUGACUUGGGCCCUGGUGGCUUUGAUUUUCACUUUUUUUGCCCCCUUGCUGAGCAUUGUGACCUGCUACUGCUGCAUUACAAGGAAACUGUGUGCCCAUUACCAUGGGUCAGGAAAGCAUAACAAAAAGCUGAGGAAAUCCAUAAAGAUCAUCUUUAUUGUAGUGACAGCUUUUGUCUGCUCCUGGCUGCCCUAUAAUACUUUUAAACUCCUCACCAUCAUCUCUGGAUUGCAGAAAGAUUUCUACGUUUCCUCAGCCGUUCUCCAGGUGGGCAUGGAGGUGAGUGGACCCCUGGCAUUUACCAACAGCUGUGUCAAUCCUUUCAUUUACUAUAUCUUUGACAGUUACAUCCAUCGGGCCAUUGUGCACUACUUGUGUCCCUGCCUGAAGAACUAUAACUUUGGGAGCAGUACCGAGACAUCAGAUAGUCACCUCACUAAGGCUCUCUCCAAUUUCAUUCACACAGAGGAUUUUGCUAGAAGGAGGAAGAGAUCUGUGUCACUCUAAAAGUGAACUGUGACAUUUCAAGCU